AUGGAUGAUGCUCACCGCAUUGUCGUGCGAGAGAUACUGAAGCUUGGGACACGGACGAACUUGGUUCUUUACCUGAACGGCCUUCCUUCGGUCGAAAAAGAACCUACUCAAGUGCAUCGAGAAAAUCUUCGCAAGAAAGCUGUUGAACGUGCCGAUAAAUGUAUGCAUGAGCUUGAGGACGAUGAUCCCGGCAGUACGACACCGGAGCCAGGAAGAAAGGAUGACGAUGUCGACAUGAGCAACUCCCAAGGAUACAACACCAACUUCCGUUCCUCUCACUUAUCACAAUCUCGCAGUGAAGUAGAAGGCUGUGUACUAGUCCACGUUCAAGCACAGAAGACGGAUGGAGGAUUGGUCGGAGGAUCGAUCGGCAGAAAGAGAGAGGAAGUCAACAUGGUUGUGAUUGGGAUUGGUCUGGACAAGUUUUCGACCAAGACGAGACUUUCCUCUUUGCACGAGUCCUUUCAGUCGCACUUCGUUCAGAAAGCCAGGUCCCUAGACUACAUUGUAGUUAGAGUGAAUGAGUAUUACUUCGAAGAGGUGCCCGACGUGCGAGAAGUCUGUCGCAGGCUAUACUGCUCAACCUGCGGCACUUUCAUGCGCCGGGAUAUUAUGGUAGAGUAUAACAUUUGUAACGUCGUUCGCAGCCAUUUACUCCACCAACAAUGGCCGCUCUAUCUUCAGCCAGUAGAUAAGGAAGGGCACUAUCCUUGGAUGCAAGAUGCAAGACUACACACAGAAGCCAGGGCAGUAGCAGCAGCAGUAGCGCAGUGGGGCAAGGGCAAGGACAAGGACGAGCUGAAGGAUGCAAGCGAGCAGCCUCGCCCGUUCAGAUCACAUUCUGUGACGUAUUUGAGCAAGAAUUGGCCUGUACUCUCGUCGCGCUCUCGCAAGCACAAACUACACUCGCCUUCCCUUUGA